AUGCACCUCCCUCUCCCGCAUCAAGCAGCUCCAAGCCCAUCUGCUGGUCAUCGGCCAAUUCCAGUCGACCAACGCCCGCACGAGGCUCGUCAAGCUCGCAAUCUCGCCUUCCGGCGACCUCUCUUCGCGACCCGUGUUUUCCACCGCAUCCUCCGCCCCUCCAUGAACGACUUCAACGCCAUCCUCGGGGCAUCGCCCAGCCCCGAGCCCGCCGCGCCCGUCUCUUGGUACCGCUCCAUGCUGCGCGGCUCCCGGGGUCGACGCGCUCUCUUGCUCCUUCGCCUUGAAGGCUUGCACGCGCGCCCUCGCGAUCUCCGAGGCGAUGCAGCUGCACUCCCAAGUGGUGCGUUUCGGGUGUUCGAUGAAAUGCCUGUGAGAGAUAUUGCCUCGUGGAACGCGUUGAUUUCCGGGCUAGCUCAGGGCCAUCGACCCACUGAGGCUAUAUCUUUGUAUAAGAGGAUGAAAGAGGAAGGCUUGAAGCCUAAUGAAGUAACGGUUAUUGGUGCUCUUUCUGCGUGCUCGCAGCUGGGAGCCACGCGAGAAGGUGGAAGGGUUCAUGACUACAUAACGGAGGAGAAGCUUGAUCAGAAUGUCCAAGCUGUCAAAAGAAACCCAAAGAACCCUCUCGGAGAUAUUAAUCUCCCCUCUCUGAUGGAAUCUGCCACCUUCAUCAGUGGCAUCGUCAAGGGAGAGAGAGAGAAAUACUCUGAUCCACCACCUUGA